CUUAUGGCUCGUAUUUCAGAGUGAAAUACCAGGAGUCAGUAGUGCGUAAACAAGCGUCUCGGGAGUAACAAAUUUCAGGAGAUAUGGAGCUACAAUGGAAUGCUUUUCACAUUCUAUUGAUGCUUUUUACUGUCAAAGUGUCGUCCGAUGACGUCUCACCCCCGAAAACCUCAUUCUUCGGUCUCGAAGGGGACGCCAAUCUCGGUCACAGUGGAUACGUCCAUGUUUCCACCGACGUGACGAGCCCAAUUUUCGAGUUAUCCAGCUGUCAAAAUCUGGAUAUCAACGAAUCAACGUGCCAUUUUGCCCACAAACUCCCGAAAAGUGAGAGCAAUCUCAUGGUGAUGCGGGCAUGGGUGGCAGCAACAAUUAGAGAUAACAUUCUCGGGUUAUUAGGGUACUUGUUGCAUCAGCCUAACGACGAUAUCUUCCGAGAGGAUACGUAUUCAAGUCUGAGAAUUGUCUACGAAGAAAUUCGUAAGAACAAUAUUCAGACCAUGGAUAUUCUCCCUCGAUUGAAGGACAUUUCCAAAUCUGGUCACGCCAACCAAGUCAUCGAACUCUUCAAGAUUCUCCAGAUGGUUUUGCCCCAAUUCUGCCGAUCCGCGUUGGCUGAAGUUGUCCAAGCAUUCACUAAGAAUAGAAUUGCUCUGGAGAAUAUCCUCUCCCCGGAAACGGGCGAUAAAGGAAUCGAUGUGUUCGCUGAUAUUGGUCUGCAGAUAAUUCCAUUUCUACGUUCAAAAAAUACUAGACGAACUUACGACAGAUCUAUGAACGCCGAAAUGGGAAAAGAAUUCGCCAUAUUUUUUUCUGCGAUUCAAGAAGGCAGAAUCGUUCUAACUCAGCCAGUGCUUGCAGCCCUAAUGUUGAAUAUGAGAUUCGCUGAAUUAUCACCGGAGGAUAGAGAAGACUUUCGCUACUUGACGGAUGUUUUACGCGACAGUAAAAUACCAGAUUGGUCUCCGGGUGUCAUUGGCGCCGUCAACGUCAAAUCCCCUCACGCAUUAGUCGAAAUGAUGAUGAAAGCCAUCGCCAAUCGUCCACAGCUCGAUCCAACAGUAAAAGACAUUGUUGAGAGACUUCAAAAUCGUCUGUUAAAAGUAUCAAAAUCCCAUCGCUCACAGCUCAUGGAUCCCUUCUUCAGUAAAUCUGAAUUAAACAUUCCACUCUUACUUGACACUCUCCAGGAGGAAGUGAAGAUUCCAGAAGUGAAAACUUUCAAACAGAUGAUUAAUGAUCGCAACUUGAGCCUGUCCUACGCACUCAAGGGUUUCGUCCGGUACUUUUAUCCUACCCCGAGAGACUUAAUUCUCGGUUUUAUCAGGAGGAUUCAGGAUCGAGUGCCCAUGAAUAACGAAACCACUGAUGUGAUUUCGAAAAUCGCAUUAGCACUGCAUGCGUCGACUGGAAAUAUCUCCAACGAGGAAGGUAGCGAGCCAGGGAAGGUCAGUAUGAUCAAACGGAGCAUCAAACUAGCUAGCCACUACGAUCUCUGGAUUCCUCCGCACCUGAACGGGAACCCUCUGGGCUUCGUCGACAGGCAAGACAUCCGCAGCAAGAGCUGCUUCAGCAACCUCUUCGCGAAGAUAGCGGCUUCAUACGGAAUCCUAGAGCUUAAGCGAGAGACACUGUGUCCAGAGGAGCCCCAGAGGGUGUCACUAUCCGCUUGGUUGGAGAGCUUGAAGACACCUCCAAUCAGUGCCAAUGUAACAUCCCUCCUUGAGAACAUCAGCACUAUUUUAACCAGCUUCGUCAAAGACAAUGAGAUCAAAGCUAUCAUCAACGAUAUGAUGACUCAAUCCUCAUCACCAGAUGCAAAGCUACCACUAAACCAUCUUCCAGAUGGUAAUCGCAUUAUGUUAGAAGAUUCCACGAAGUCGGAAGGGAGUAUUACAGACCCAAUAACGAAUUUCCCUACGUCAGUUGUUGAAACCAAGAAGGACCUGCUUGCCCGGAUCCUCAGAGGUAUGCUAAGCAUCAAGAAAGUCAGAGCUCGAAGGUUUGUGUACUACGAAGUCAUAAGAGUCUAUUGUAUAUUGAUUCAUGGCGCCAUCGAACCCCUGGCGCAACCCCUUCUGGACAGGCUGCGUCUGGACGACCCGCCGUUCAUGAACAUCACAGGAUUAUUCUCUGAAAGUGUCAGCGAGCCGCUGAAAAGAGUCAUUAGCAAUCUAUCCGCUGAAGGUAAUGACUCCUCCCUCAGUCUGAGAGACUACAGGACCAACCGACUGUACCUGACUGAUCUUCUGAGGAGGAUUCUCCUCCUGGAGUCUGUCCAGCAGGACAACGACGUCUUCAAUGAAGUCGUCCAAUUGCUGAGACCUAUCCAAGAUCUCUCGAUAGAGUUCUCUCCCUUCCUGGGUGUGCCGUUUCAACCCAUCGUUCGGACUUUCCUGCAGACGCCGGGAAUCCUUCAGAAAUUGGGAGAAGACUUCGACCUGGGGAGGUUUUCGUCGAGAGGUCGCCUGCUGCGGGGGAUUCUCGAAAAGUCGUUGACGACAUUGUUCGUCCGGCGUAACGAGAGCUUGGCGAAGGCGAUUAGGAAUCAGAUACCGAGGAUUCUCUGUACUGGAGUGGGAGCGGAACCUGUCCGGGAAAUCCUUGAAGGGAUUACAACGGAUCAAGUGAACGUAUACAAAAUUAUUCAGUACGGCUUAGACAGACAGAAAUUAACAGCCGAUGUACAAGAGGCCUAUUCCAACAUGUGGAACUGGUAUGAUGGUUCGUUCGAGCCCUUGUCACGUGUCAAGGUAAUGAACAUCAGUUUGUACGAUACUAGAUCGGAUUUUCUCCGGGGUUUUCUUGGUAAAGUGGAGGAGAAAGUCGAGAAUGACUUCAGGGGAAUGAGGGCUGACAUCAAAUUAAUGAGCUCUGCUAUUCUGAUGACUGGAACUGGAGCGGAACCAGUUGACUAUCUAUGAUUGACGUUGACUCGUGAAGAAUGUUAUUAGGGGAGGGAGGGUAGAGUUGUAUGCUACUAAACUAGACUAUUUUACAU